UGUGAGGGAAUUUCACACUUGAGCGAACGGCCGAAGGCACUCCCCUGUGGUCGGCACGUGUGGGGAUAAAUAGGGCUCUCGUGCUCACAGUUCCAUCAUUCUAAAAAUCAACCUCCCGCGAUAUAGACGUGAUAUCCCACUUUUGUCUCUCCUUCUUGAAACACUCUCCACCUUGUACGAAAAACUUCAGCAUGAUUGCCAACGUGAUGCCCAAUUCUGCGCCCGAAACGGAAAGACCUAAGACUUCCAAACACAUGAUGGAGCGCAAGAGGCGAGCUCGUAUCAAUGACAGCCUUCUCCAGCUCAAAAGUCUCAUCUUUCCGGCUCUGCGCAAAGAGAUGUCACGCCAACCCAAAAUGGAGAAAGCCGAUAUCCUGGAGAUGACUGUCCGCUACCUGAAGGAGGUGCAGUCGUCGCCGCAGAAUGGCCGGACUUCCCCCGCCGCCCAGGUUAGCCAGUACCACGCCGGGUACAACGAGUGCCUGGGUGAGGCCUCCAACUUUUUGGCCAACUGCGAAUCCGUGGACCUGGACACCCGCCUGCGGAUCAUGAACCACCUGGCUGAAAGGUGCAGCGGUCUGGAGCCUACAGUCCCAACACAGCAGCAGCAACAAAAGCAGGUGACGUACAACUUCACCGCCCCCAAGCAGUCUACUCUGACGUCACCAGCUGUGAGCCCCGUUUCCGUGGCAACCAACAGCCGUGUGCCGCCCAUGACAUCGUGCACCGUGCAGCAGCAGCAGCAACUCAUGCUGUGCAUCCCGCACGACUUUCCCAGCCAGACCAACCCAUCCCUCCUGAGCCACUCCAGCACCAGCACCCAGUCGUCCAUCAUCUUCCCCACCCCUCCUCCGUCACCGGUCGAGGUGUCCCCCGCCCCGCCCGCUCAGUCGUGCACCCAGAUCGCCACGGAGUACAGACCUAAAAUCAAGUCGGCCGUCGCUGCCUCCUAUCGGCGUCGCCACGCCGCCGUCAGCAACACUGUCGCACGAGAAAACGUCUGGAGACCCUGGUGAACUUUGCAGCGUACUCUUCGCCUCAUCGAAACUGGUGCUUCAAAUAGACUGAACUCGGGCUUACUUAGUAUUUGAAGUGUUUGACUAUUCCUUAUCUUGGGUUUGACACAUUAUCAAAGAAUCACUUGAUUCAAUGAACACAGCAACGGCUAAGUUCUCUCAAGAAAUUCGUCUGAUCUUUUCAAGGGGUCCCAAACUUUCUUCAGCCGUUUGCUUUGACGCUCACCACUUACUUGGCGCUAACUUAACGUGUUUGGCUUCUUCCAACACAGUUGCGAAAUUGUUGUACAGAUAAGCCCAACUAAAAUAUUUUUGUAUUUGACAUUGUAUUUUGCCGCUGCUGGGCGGCUGAAAAGUUCUGACAGGCCGUUGCAGGUCGACGGCCGAUGUUUGAGAAUAAAAUAUCUCUUAAAAAAGA